UAUUGCAAGAGUUCAACAAAAGUUAACCUAUUGCAAGUGUUCAAUGUAAGUUAACCUAUUGCAAGAGUUCAACAAAAGUUAACCUAUUGCAAGUGUUCAACAAAAGUUAACCUAUUGCAAGAGUUCAACAAAAGUUAACCUAUUGCAAGUGUUCAAUGUAAGUUAACCUAUUGCAAGUGUUCAAUGAAAGUUUUCCUAUUGCAAGUGUUCAACAAAAGUUUACCCAUUGGUAGUGUUCAGCUAAAGUUAAUCCUUUAGUAAUGUUCAGCUUAAGUCCACCCAUGGCAAGUAUUCAACAAAGUUCACCCAUUGCAAGUUUUCAGCUAAAGUUCAUCCAUUGGUUGAGUUCAGCUACAGUUGAUCCCUUGGUAGUGUUCAGCUAAAGUUCAUCCAUGGGUAGUGUUCAACUUACAUUCCCUAUUAGUAGUGUGAAACAAAUGUUCUUCCAUCGAUAGCUACUAUCUCCUCUGUUAAUGUCCACACAAUGAAUCCUUACUAAUAGUGUGAUAGUUGCUCCCUCAUCAGCAUGUUCAAUUGUGCUUUCCUCAAGAUGAUGAACAAACCUAGGCUCCGGACCAAAGCAAUGACACUAUUAGCCAUGUUUUGGUGUCUUGUGUUUAUAUGGGUAAACACAAGCUACAGCGAUGAAGAAGUUCUUAAAUGGAUAACAGUGUCAGACAACAAACUCAAAGAUCCACUGCUCAACCGCCACCAGUUCUCCUACUCACUCAACGCUGAUAUCUGCCAGUCAAGAAAAGCAGACAUCGUUGUCAUUGUUCACACGGCCGUAGAUAAUUCACUUCGCAGGAUGAAAUCACGUGAUACAUGGGCAGGCAUUGUCCAGAUAGGCCAGCAUUCCAUAGUAACUAUCUUCAUGGUUGGGCAAACCAUGAACUCUUCUAUGCAACGACUGUUAGAACAGGAGUCUCAAUCCAACAACGAUAUUGUACAGGGUAAUUUUCUAGAUUCGUACAAAAACUUGACAUAUAAGCACAUCAUGGCAUUAGGCUGGGUUAAUACCCAUUGCCCAGAUGUUAAACUAAUUGUGAAAACAGACGACGAUGUGUUGGUGAACUUAUUCAAUUUAGCCUUGUAUAUUUACAAAUACGGAUUCCAGAACGACUUUCUGUACUGUCUGUCAUACACCUUUGCCUUUCCCAAGAGAAUCUCUGGAGACAAGUGGUACGUGGGAUACAAGGACUAUCCGUUCAUGAUGUACCCCGUGUUCUGCUCAGGUGCAGCAUACCUUGUCUCGCCCAAUGCAGCUAUAAAGUUAUUCCAUGCCUCAAGUGAUAUCCGGUUCUUUUGGAUAGAUGAUUUAUAUGUGACUGGAUUCCUGCCUUUGAAAGUGGGCCUACGACACACACAGAUGAUUCCUGGACAUGAUUUUGUGAACGCAUCAACGCCAACCAAAGACUCCAUGUUUCUGGACGCUCAGCAUGUCUGGUACUCUCAGUGGGACUACAUCAUCAAGUCGGUUCCAAGCACACUCUUUUACAAAGCGGAGUAUCUAUCUUGACACAAUGUUGGAAUCAGUCUUUAGAAGUGAUACACAUGGAGGGUUAAAAUGUAUGGAUGUCAACUUCUGUAAUACAAGGAACACAACGUAUAUUCUUGAAUAUUCCUGAUAAUACAGAAGUUCACAGCCAUAAAUUUUCACCGUUUGUUGGAAUCAGUGUCUUAGAAUUUCUCUUGUUCAGCUUAUUUGCACUGUUAUAUUGUAUAUAAUACAUGAAACUUGGGAUAUUACUUAUAACUAACUGAUUAUACAUAGAAAUGUUCAGAGAUCUUAAAGAUCAAGACCUACUAGUACCAGGACGAACUGUUUUAUGAUUCCUUAAUUAUUGAGAUAUAUAUAUAGAGAUUUAUUUAGAUGUACUUUAAAAACGGAUUUGUAUACUUACUAGCUGAAAGUUUUGACAUAAUACAUCACCUUCCAAAGAUUUCUUGUAACCCUCAUGACAAAGCAUUACAAUGCAUAUUUUCACAUUGAUACAAUUUCAGUGUUUACUCUCCCAAAAGCUUUAUGUCUUUCAAAAUGUUUACAACAGUAUUACAAAUAUCUUUCUUCUGGUAAGAAUGAGUUUUAAGAGUGGUUGUGUAGAUAAAACAUAAAUAGAAGAUGACGUAGCAGACUUCACAGACAACAUAUCAUUAGUUUUCACGUUAUCCAUUUAAACCAAUCAUAUUAUUAUGAUAUUAUCCAACAUACUUGCCAGUAAUGAAUGUUAAUAUACAUAUGUAUUUCUUGCAUGAUGGUUCCCAGUUCAUAUGUAGAAUUUGAGUGAGUGAGUGAGUAUGGUUUUACGCCGUUUUUAGCAAUAGCAUGGGCUUCACACAAUGUGCCCAUGUGGGGAUUCAAACCCCGGGUCUUCGGCGUGACGAGCCAACGCUUUAACCACUAGGCUACCCCACCGCCCCAUGUAGAAUUGAAAAAGCCUGUGUAUGUGAUGUUUAGAUGAUUAGAAUCACCUUCCGAUAUGUUACAUGUAAAAAAAAUCCUAUCCUUGCAAGGGUAAAAAAGAAAUGUAAGAUUUUAUAUAUUGCAUGAGGUGAGGUGAGGUGAGGUAUGGUGAGGUUAAAUGGGAUCUAUGCCUGGGGGCUGCAUUUUAAUUGCCUGUUUCAUUGUACCCCUUACCGGUACUUUAUUUCCUUAAUACCCUCACUGACUUGGUUGACACAUGUCAUCGUAUCCCAAUUGCAUAAAUCGAUGCUCAUGUUAUUGAUCACUGGAUUGUCUGGUCUGGACUCA